AUGUCCUGUCCGACCUUCAGCGACUGGGCGUUUGGGCCGCGAGUCCAUACAGAGUGCCGUUCUUUUGACUUCACUCUACAGUUUGAGGAUGUUCUUUUUGCAUGCUUGCCAUCUGCAUUGUUUCUUCUGCUUGCCCCAUCGAGAGUUGCCCGGCUGCUUCGACGGCCCGUUGCUUUCCAGACUUCAUCCAGGCUGUUGGCCAGCAAGUUGCUAACUCCCCAUUGCAAGGUGGCGACGACGACACUUCUUGCCUUUCAGUUGGCCUUCCUGGCUUUGCGCUGCCAGACCUCACAAUUCCAGACUCCUGCGUCCGUCGCCGCCGAUGUUUUGACUCCCGUCGCCACGCUUACAGUCCUGCUGCUGUCUGUCCUGAACCAUCAAAGAUCGCCUCGACCCUCGACCCUCCUCAGCCUCUAUCUCUCGGCAUCCAUCAUACUUGGCAUUGCCCGUGUCCGGACACUAUGGCUUUUCUCUGUGCGCGGCCCUUUGCCAGCCAUCGCCACAGUCGUGUUGGGUUUCACACUGGUGGUGCUCGUGCUAGAGUCUCUCGAGGCGAAGAAGAGACUCGCCGCGUCCGAUCCCCCUCCCGACGGCAAACAUGCAUCUCCCGAGCAGAGCAGCGGGUUCUGGUCGAGGACUUGCUUUGCGUGGCUGGCGACAACCUUUUAUUUGGGGUAUUCCAAAGUCAUAUCCCUCGGCGACUUACCAAGACUCGAUUCAAGCAUGGAGAGUCGUGUUCUUCACCGAAGCUUGGCCGUUACAUGGGACAAAUAUGACCACCAAAGUCGCCAUAGUCUCAUUAAGGCUUGCUUCAGGGGGUACCUUUUGCCCUUCCUGGCUCCUGUCAUCCCCCGGCUCUGUCUGACAGUCUUCACAUUCGCGCAACCAUUUCUCAUAAAGACGACCGUAACCUUUGUGGGUAACGAGAGCCCAGACGCCAACUACGGCAGAGGCCUUAUUGGGGCCUGGGUUUUGGUGUACCUGGGCAUCGCGGUUAGCAACUCAGUCUACCAGUACCACAACCUUCGCUUUACCACCAGGCUUCGAGGAGGGCUGAUUGCGCUUGUCUACCAACAUGCCGUCCACACAAGAGACGUCGACACUGGAGACAUCACGGCGGUAGCCCUGAUGGGGACAGAUGUUGAACGCAUCUUUGAAGCCAUGUCCAUGUUCCACAUGACCUGGGGUUCGCUGCUUGAUAUUGCUGUUGCCAGCUGGCUCCUCGGACUGCAGCUAUCCCUCGCCUGCCUGGCACCAAUUGUCCUUGUAUUGAUUUUCAUCGCUGCAAUGUCAAAAAUCUCCGUGGCCAGCAGAACAGCGCAGAUGCGGUGGAUCGAGAAGAUCCAGGAACGCCUUCGUGUCACAACGACGGUGCUCGGCGAGAUGAAGGCCGUGAAGAUGCUCGGGCUCACAGAUGUCAUGUCGACAACGAUUCAGAGACUGCGAACUGACGAGAUCAACACCUCAAAGUCUUUCCGGAAGCUGCUCGUGGCUACUCUAUUGCUCUUUCCUGACGGGCAGCCCUCAGCGCUCACUCCUAUCAAUCUUGCUCCCAUUGUUACCUUUGCCGUCUACGUCAUCAUCUCCGUCUUCUGGAAGAACGAGACUCUUUUACCCGCGCAAGCCUUCGCCUCCAUCGCAUUGAUUGGGCUCUUGACCACGCCCGUUGUCAUGUUCAUCCAGAUGCUGCCUAUGAUUGUCCAGUCGUUUGCAUGCUUCGACCGCAUCCAGGACUUUUGCAACUACGGCCCCCGACCUGCAACUCUCGAUGGACAAAGAAGCACCUUCAACUCGCCGUCCUCGACCGAUAUCAACCUUGUUCCACUGACGACCGGGGGCGGCAGCAAGCCAGCAGUCUCCUCGCACCAGCCGUGUGCCGUCUCGUUUAGAGGGAAUAGUUUUGGCUGGAAGAAGCACCAGGCUGUGCUUCACGACCUCACCGUUGACAUCCCUCGAAACGCGGUGACUGUUGUUGUCGGUCCCGUGGGAAGCGGCAAGUCAUCCUUCCUUGGCGCAAUACUGGGCGAGUUGGUACCCAUGUCUCCUCCUACUGCCGCGCCGGCCGUUGGAAACUUUCCUGAAAGAGGUGGCGUGGCAUAUUGCUCACAGAGCCCAUGGCUUGAGAAUGGGACGGUUCGGCAAAACAUACUCGGCGUUUCGCUUUACGACCAGAAGUGGUACGAUGCUGUAAUCUCAGCCUGCGGUCUUGAACCCGAUCUACAAGCGUUGCAGAAGGGAGACUACACACUUGUUGGUAGCAAAGGUGUCAACCUCAGCGGCGGCCAAAAACAGCGCAUCGCUCUUGCUCGAGCUGUCUACUCGAGGCAGAAGAUGGUUGUCCUCGACGAUGUCUUCAGCGGCAUGGAUGCCCACACGGCUAAACAUGUCUCGAACUGUCUGCUUGGCACAGAUGGUCUUUUGCGUAGACAACGCGCAACGAUCAUCAUCGCAACGCAUAGCCAUGAACUCAUGGCCGUCGCCGACUUUAUCAUCUGCCUCGACGAUGGCAGGGUGCAAGAACUCGGCAACCCCACAGUCCUCGUGCAAAGUCAAGGCUAUACGAGCAGGCUCGGGCUGAAGUUAUCAUCUGACGGUGUGGUGGAGAAGGUACAGGAAGAGUCUAAUGAGUCUGUGAUUCCCAUGGAACAGACAGCCACGCCAACCAACGAGAACGAGAACCACCAAGACCAAACGACUCAUACCGAUAUCCGACGCAAGAACGGGGAGAAGGCAGUUUACGAGUACUACUUGAAGAAUGCCGGCUGGAAGGCGGUCACCCUCUACUCGGUUUCAGUCGUCAUGUGGAUCUUCUUUUCCGAGUUCUCUACCGUCUGGGUCAAAUGGUGGUCCGAAGCCAAUUCCGUCGAGGCCAACACGAGUGUGGGAUACUACUUGGGCAUCUACGCCGUGUUUGGCGCCCUCGGCACUCUGGGAGCUUCCUUGGCUGCCUGGUUUGCAUUCCUCGACAUCAUAACCAACACGGCUCUCAAGCUGCACUCAGACCUUCUCAAGACUACCAUGGCAGCAUCCUUCCGUUUCCUGACCACAACCGACAACGGCGAGAUUCUCAAUAGGUUCAGUGAAGACAUGCAGCUUCUGGAUAUGGACCUGCCGUCCAACCUGGUGAAUUACACCUCCACGGCCAUAUCCAUCUUGGCCAAACUCGUUAUUCUCGCCGUCUUCUCCCAAUAUCUCGGCAUUGCCCUUCCUUUCAUCGCCACCGUUGUCUAUUUUCUGCAACGCUUCUACCUUCAGACGUCUCGCCAGAUCCGUCUUCUGGGGAUCGAAGCCAAGGCGCCCUUGUACACCCACUUCUCUGAAUCCGUGGCUGGAGGCGCAACCAUUCGUGCCUUUGGAUGGCAAGCCCGGUACCAGGAGCGUAACUAUCACCGCAUCGACUCGUCCCAGAAACCAAGCUACGUUCAAAGCUGCAUUCAGGCGUGGCUCACGUUUGUUCUCAACCUGGUUGUGGCUGUGCUUGCCGUCGUCCUCGUGGGUGUGGUUGUUACCUGGCACGACAAGUUCAGUGCCGGGAGCGUUGGUGUCAGCCUUGUCAUGGUCAUUGGAUUCAGUGAGGUGUUGGCACGCCUGAUCCAGAGUUGGACUAAGCUUGAGUCCAGCGUGGGGGCUGUUGCAAGAGUCAGACGGUUCGUAGCAGAGACCGAAGCGGAGCAAACUGCCGGCAAGGAGCGGUUAUCUGGGGACUGGCCUCAUAGCGGGGCUGUCAACUUCUCCAACGUGGUGGCGUCUUAUGGCCCUGAUGCCGAACCCAUACUCAAGGGAGUAUCGCUAUCAGUGGAGGCCGGUGCCCACGUUGCGAUCUGUGGUCGCUCAGGCAGCGGCAAGACGUCGCUUAUCCUCAGCCUGCUACAGAUGACAGACGUCAAGGAAGGCAAGAUUGAGAUUGAUGGUGUCGAUGUAUCAACCCUGGUGCCAUCGGAGCUUCGUUCCUGCAUCAAUGUUGUUUCCCAAGAUCCUUUUCUCAUGCCGGGGACUAUCCAAUUCAACGUUGAUCCGUUAAGCGCCGUUUCCGACGACGACGACGCGAGGAUCACCCAAGCUCUUGACAGAGUUGGCCUUUCGAGACAUGUUCAAGAGCAAGGCGGCUUGGGCGCGGAGAUGGACGACAAAGCUUGGUCGGCCGGUCAGAAGCAGCUUCUCUGCAUGGCCAGGGCCAUGCUUCGGCAGUGCAAGCUUUUGAUUCUGGACGAGGCCAUGAGCAGUGUUGAUAGCGAGACCGAGGCGGUUAUGCAGGAUGUUGUCGACAAUGAGUUCCGUGGCUGCACUGUUUUGGCUGUCAUGCACAGGCUCAAGCACGUCUCGCGGUACGACGCAGUAGUGCUUCUUGGUGACGGCGAAGUCUUGGAGAUGGGAGAGCCGUCUUCACUGAUUGCGGGAGGUGGCCGGUUUGCUGAGCUAUACAGGAUGAACUCGAACUGA